AUGCAUAUUCUUCUUCUUCUUCCUAAUGCCAAUGAUCCAUUUGAUUCAUCAGUGACAGUGUGUACUUUACGUAAUUUUCCAAAUUUAAUUGAACAUACAAUUGAAUGGGUACGUGAUAAUUUUGCUGGUCUCUUUACAAUUCCUCCUCAACGAGUUGAAGAAUUUUUGCGAGGACCGAAAGAAUUUGUCGAACGAACAACUAAAAAUCAUUCAGAAUAUGAUAAAACUGAAAUAAGUGAAAAUAUUAAACGUAUUCUUGGUGAAGAAGGACAAAAAAAAAUUUCAUUGAUUGUAUUAAAUGGUGAUCGUUUUUGGAGUGAAAAUAAACGAUGUCCACAUGUUUUAAAAUUUGAUGUUAAUAAUGAACUUCAUUUGGAUUUUAUUGUAGCUGCAUCAAAUUUACUUGCACACAUGUAUUAUAUACCACAAAUACGUAAUCGUAAAUUAAUUGGUAAAGAAGUUGUAAAAAUACAUGUACCUGAAUUUAAACCAAAAGUAGGUAUAACAAUACAUGAAAAUGAUGAACAACUACGAGCUGAUCUCAAACGAAAAAGAAUACGAAAACAAAGAACUGAAUCACCUUCUUCAGCAUCGCCUGUUCCCACCUUGUCUAUUACUAUUGAUACAUCAAUAUCUACUUCUUCAACACCUAUCACCAAUUCCUCGUUACCAUCUUCAUCAUUUAUUAUCACAUUAUCGUCACCCACUUCAUCAUCAAAUCAAUGUUUACAUUCGACAGUUGAAAAGAAAGAUGAACGAUGUCAAUCAACGACACCAACAUUACCAGCAUCAAUAGCAUUAUCAACAUCAACAGUAUCACCAACAUCAAUAGCAUUACCAACAUUGACAGCAUUACCAACAUCAAUAGCAUCACCAACAUUAACAGCAUUACCAACAUCAAUAGCAUCACCAACAUUAACAGCAUUACCAACAUCAAUGGUAUCACCAACAUCAACAGCAUUACCAACAUCAAUGGUAUCACCAACAUCAAUAGCAUCACCAACAGUAACAGCAUUACCAACAUCAAUAGCGUCACCAACAUUGACAGCAUUACCAACAUCAAUAGCAUUACUAACAUCAAUAGCAUCACCAACAUCAACAGCAUUACCAACAUCAAUAGCAUCACCAACAUUGACAGCAUUACCAACAUCAAUAGCAUUACCAACAUCAACAGCAUUACCAACAUUGACAAUAUUACCAACAGAUACUAGUCGAUCCAAGAAUGAACCACCUAGUCAGCCAAUUUUGUCUUCUUAUAAACGAACUAAUCGCAAAAGAUCAUUUCAAUCUCAAUGGUUUCAGGGUCGUCCUUGGUUGGAAUAUUCAGUUAUUGAAGACAAAGCAUAUUGUUAUUACUGUCGACAUUUUGGAUCAUCACAAUCAACUAGUAGAAAUCAAUCCAAUUCUUUUUUAAAUGGAUUUUGCAAUUGGAAAAAAGCAUUAGAUAUGAAAGCUGGCUUCAAACAACAUGAAUCAAGUGAAGCUCAUGUGCAAGCAGCAGUUAAUUAUCAACAAUAUUUACUACGAUAUAAUACACAAACAUCUGUCAUCAACAUAUUAGAUACCGGUAGGUCUCAACAAAUAAAACGAAAUCGUGAUCGGAUAUCAAAAAUUGCAUCAACGGUAUUAUUGUGCAGCAGGCAAAUGAUUGCGUUAAGAGGACAUUGUGAAGAUGAAACAUCUGAUAAUCGUGGAAAUUUGUUAGAAAUUCUUUCAUGGUCGUCACAAACAGAUCCAAUAGUACAAUCCAUAGUUAAUAGUGCUAAUAAUGCCACCUAUUUAUCACCUCAAGUUCAAAACGAAUUACUUCAAAUAAUGGCAAAUCAAAUUCGACGUAAAAUAGCUGACAAAAUUGCUGGCAAUUUUUAUUCAUUAAUGGCUGAUGAGUCAAGAGAUAUCAGUGGAAAUGCACAAUUAUCAAUUGUUGUACGAGUCGUGUCAAGUCCAACAGAUGCAUUGUCAAAUAAAAAUAAUAUUAUACAAGAAUAUUUUUUAGGCUUUGUUAGAUUGCACCAGUUUGAUGCAAUGACAUUAUCUAGUGCUAUUGUUCGAUUUUUAAAUUUAUACCAGAUUGAUUUGAAAGCAUGUAUUGGGAUUGCAUCAGUUAUGGGUGGCUGCAAUGCUGGUGUUCAAACUAUUCUUCGGGAUAAUUUUAUGCCGAAAGGCAUUUACAUUUAUUGCUUUGUGCAUAAACUAAAUCUGGUGAUAAUUGAUGUAUGUCAAGUUGUUAGUUAUUGUACGGAAUUUUAUUCUAUAAUAUCCAAAAUCCAUAGUUACUUUACUGCAUCAGGAGUAACAAAUGAAUAUUUCAAAAAUGCUCAACAAUUAUUACAACUUGAUACAACAACAAAACUUAAAAAAUGGUCGUAUAUAAGAUGGGAUAGUCGAUGGACAUCAAUAAAUGCCAUCAUCAAUAAUUAUCAAGCGAUACUUAAAGCAUUAAAUGAUUUACUGGAUGAUGGUGAUACAAGGUCUGUCGAUGCAAAUGGUUUGUUGAUUGCUAUUAAAGAACCACUGUUUAUUGUAACAUUAUUCAUAAUGCAUAAAAUAUUUGGACCUAUCAAAAUUUUGUCGAAUCAAUUACAAGAUGAAUCAUUAGAUUUUGGAAAAGCAAAACAAUUGAUUUCAUCUAUUAUUGAGCAAAUGAAAAGCUAUCGUGAUGAGAAUUUAUUUCAAUCAUUAUAUUGUAAAGUUGUACAAUUUUGUGAAGAAAAUGGAAUUGAUAUUAGCCAAAAACCAAGACAACGACGGCAAAAAAAAGUGCCUGCACGUUUCAAUGAUUCAAUUGUUACAUCAACAACUGGACAUCGAUAUUAUGCCGAUAAUGAACAACAAUAUUGUACUACUCUUUAUUUUCCAUUAAUUGAUAGUGUUUUAAUUGAAUUAAAUCAUCGAUUUUCAAGGGAAACUAUGGAAGUUUUAACCAGUAUAUCAUCUCUAUGUCCAAAGAAUGAAAAAUUCUUAGAUUUUGAAAUACUCAAACCAUUUGCAUUACAUUUGGAUAUAAAUCCUGAUGGAUUACAAAAUGAAUUAAAUGUAUUACGACCAAUGUUGAAGAAUAAAGAAUUGUUCGAUAUCAAAGAAUUAUAUUGCGAAUUAAUUCAAUUCACACAAGCUUUUCCAAAUGCCAUUUUAAUAGUGCAAGGUGCGAUGACAAUACCUGUUACAUCAGCAACAUGCGAAAGUCGAUUACGUAAUUAUGAUGAUAUAUUUGAUAUUAAAAUUCAAUCACAUGAAUUUGAAAAAGAUGAUGAUACAACUUUUCAUAGGGAUUAUAUUGUAGCAACAGCAAAUUUACGAGCUGAAAAUUAUGAAAUACAAAAAGCUGAUCGAAAUAAAAUUAAGAGAAUUGCAGGAAAUAUUAUUCCAGCUGUUGCAAUAACAACAGCAAUGGUUACUGGACUUGUUUGUCUUGAAGUUUAUAAAUUUGUUCAACAUCAUAAAAAAAUAGAAUCAUAUCGAAAUGCAUUUGUUAAUUUGGCUUUACUAUUUUUUGGAUUUUCUGAACCAGUAGCACCAAAACAUCAAAAAUAUUUUGACAAAGAUUUUACUUUAUGGGAUCGAUUUGAAGUAAAUGGUGAUAUGACAUUAGAAGAAUUUAUUGAAUAUUUCAAACAUGAACAUAAAUUGAUACCGAAUAUGAUUUCAGUAGGAAUGUGCGUUAUUUAUAGUCCACCUUUCAUUCGUAAAACAAGUAUAGCACAAGAUAUGAAACGAAAAAUUUCUGAACUGGUUGAAAUAGUGACAAAAACAAAGAUUUCUGCUCAUGUUCGUUGUCUUACAUUCGAUAUGUUAUGUGAUGAUCUUGAAGGAAAUACUGUUAAAGAUGUUCCUUAUAUUAAAUAUACAUUCAGAUGA